AUGUCUAAUCCUUCUAUCGAAGAGUCCAAGCGAGAGCUGGACAGCUCUCCCAACGGUUCCAUCACGGGCCAUGACCCAGCCCCAGAGGAAGAGAUGCAUUAUCCGUCUGGCUUUGCCCUCAGUGUCAUCAUGGCCGGCCUGGUGGCUGCCAUCUUCCUCAUCUCCCUCGACACCACCAUUGUCUCCACCGCGAUUCCCAGAAUCACCGACGAGUUCCACACCGUCGCGGAUAUCGGGUGGUAUGGAUCGGCCUUCUUCCUGACGCUCGCCUCCUUCCAAGGCACCUGGGGCAAGAUCUACCGCUAUUUCCCCCUGAAGCUGAGUUUUACCGCUGCCGUGCUCCUCUUUGAGGUCGGAUCGAUGAUCUGCGCCGUCGCCCAGAACUCCGUGACCCUCAUCGUCGGCCGAGCAAUUGCCGGCAUUGGGGCUGCAGGCAUCUCCUCUGGUUCUUACACCAUCCUCGCCUUUUCUGUCCAUCCAAGUCGCCGCGCGGCCAUGACGGGAGCCAUCGGGGCCAGCUUUGCCGUGGCUGCGGUCGCUGGCCCGCUCAUCGGGGGUGCUUUUACGUCAAACACAACCUGGCGGUGGCACCGCCGCAGGCUCGUGCGAAAAAACGUCCCGUACAAGGAGAUCCUGCUGCAGAUGGACCCAUCCGGUAUCGUCCUGCUGCUCGGCGCCAUCCUCUGCUUCCUGCUGGCCCUGCAGUGGGGAGGAUCGGCCAAAGCCUGGGGAAGCGCCGAUGUCGUGGGAACCCUGGUCGGGUUUGGCCUGCUGCUGAUCGCGUUUACAAUCAAUGAACUCUGGCUGCAGGAGAAGGCCAUGAUCCCGCCGCGCUUGCUCAAGGGCCAGACCAUUCUCUUCUCCUGUCUCUUCACCUUUUUCUUCUCGGGAUCGUUUUACCUUCUGCUGUACUACCUGCCGACCUAUUUCCAGUCUGUCAAGGGCGCGUCGGCCUCGGACUCAGGCGUGCACACCCUGCCACUGGUCCUGGGCGAUGGUCUCUUCGCGACUCUCUCGGGCGCCGCGCUCGGCAUCAUCGGCUACUACAUGCCCCUGCUGACUCUCGGCGGCGUGCUCACCACCGUAGCCAGCGGCUUGCUCUACACUCUGGAUCUGCACUCCGGCUCCAACGAAUGGAUCGGAUACCAGGCCAUGGCGGGCAUCGGGGUCGGUCUCGCCAUCCAAGUGCCCAUGAUGACCAGCCAGGCCGUCGUCGGCGUCGAGGAUCUUUCUACGGUCUCGGCCAUGAUCCUCUUCUUCCAGUGCAUGGGCGGGGCUAUCUUCGUACAGGCUGGCCAGGCCGCCUUCACCAACAAGCUGGUCCAGGAGGUGCAGCCCCACCUGCCUAACAUCAGUGCGGCCCUCGUCACGUCGACGGGUGCUACCGAGCUGCAAUCCACGUUCCAUGGCCAUGAGCUACAGGUCAUUGUCGAGGCGUAUGUGGCCGGUCUGCAGGAUGCGUUUAUUGUGUCGACUGUCUUGGCUGGUAUUGCUACCUUGUUGUCUUUUGGUUCGGGCUGGAAGAGUGUGAAGAGCAAGAAGGGGGAGGCCAAGGCUCAGCCUUGA